CAGAGCACCGGGACUGGAUGCCUCUUUCGAACAUGGCCACCACUGCUUCCCCACUGCCACGCACUACCGAGGAUGCCAGCUUUGAGAACAGCAGUUUCUUUUAUGAGUAUGACUACCUGGAUGAGAUAGCCUUCAUGCUCUGCAGGAAGGACGCAGUGCUGUCCUUUGCCAGAGUCUUCCUGCCAGUCUUCUAUAGCCUGAUCUUUGUGUUGGGCCUGGGUGGGAACCUCCUUCUCCUAGUGGUCUUGCUCCGGUAUGUACCUCGCAGGCAGAUGGCUGAGGUCUAUCUGCUGAAUCUGGCCAUCUCCAACCUUCUGUUUGUGGUGACACUGCCCUUCUGGAGCAUCUCUGUGGCCUGGCAUUGGGUCUUUGGGAGUUUCUUGUGCAAGAUGGUGAGCACACUCUAUACCAUUAACUUUUACAGUGGCAUCUUUUUCAUCAGCUGUAUGAGCCUGGACAAGUACCUGGAGAUCGUCCAUGCUCGGCCCCACCACAGACUGAGGACCCGGGCCAAGAGCCUACUCCUUGCUUUCUUAGUGUGGUCCGUGGCCCUGGCUGUCUCCAUCCCUGACAUGGUCUUUGUACAAAUGCAUGAAAAUCCCAAGGGUGUGUGGAACUGCUACGCCGAUUUCAGUGGGCAUGGGACCAUCUGGAAACUCUUCCUCCGCUUCCAGCAGAACAUCCUGGGGUUUCUCCUUCCACUCCUUGCCAUGAUCUUUUUCUACUCUCGCAUUGGCUGUGUCCUGGUCAGGCUGAGGCCCCCGGGCCAGGGCCGGGCUCUUAGAAUAGCUGCAGCUCUGGUGGUGGCUUUCUUCAUGCUAUGGUUCCCGUACAACCUCAUCUUGUUUCUACACUCGCUGUUGGACCUGCAAAUCUUUGGGGACUGCAGGGUCAGCCAGCAUCUGGACUAUGCCCUGCAGGUAACAGAGAGCAUUGCCUUCCUUCAUUGCUGUUUUACCCCCAUCCUGUACGCCUUCUCCAGUCGCCGUUUUCGCCGGUACCUGAAAGCUUUCCUGGCCACUGUGCUUGGAUGGCAUCUGCCACCUGGCACUGCCCAGGCUUCGCCAUCCAGCUGUUCCGAGAGCAGUAGGCUUACUGCCCAAGAAGAAAUGACUGGCAUGAGUGACCUUGGGUUGAAGCAGGCUGAGAACCUUCCUAACAAGGGAGAUGCAGAAAAUCAUUAA